UCGAGCAGUCAGUCUGCGAGGGACGCUCACGCGACAUGCAUCGUAUGUUUUGUAAUGUAACGUAAUUGUUGUGUCUAAGUUUCUUUUCAAAAUCUCGUUAAUUCCGUUGCUGUAAUUCAAUGACGUAGUUGCAUAUGAUUCUUAUUACGUUAUCAAGUUUCUUAUACUACGUGCGUCAGUUGUUGUGACCUUUGUUAUGAGUUGCAAAAUGUAUGAUUGUCGAACGUAGAGUAAACGAGUAAACUUUUAUGUGUUGUUUUUUUCCAUUAAAGAUACGUCGAUAACGCUUUUAUCGAAUUAUUAGAAACUCUGACAUGUGCGUGAUUCAUCUGAUUGGAUUAGCAGCAGGUUACUCGAAACGUUUGCGCGAAUCUCGCGCUAAAUAGAGAAAGCGAGAGAUUUCAAGUAAAUGGAAAAUCCUCUGGGUGUGAUCUAAGAAAACAGAAGGAACAGCUGGUAUAGCGCUCCUCCGCAUAUUCGGCGAUGCGGCUCUUUGAGGAGAAAAAUCAGUGAAAAAGACUAGGUCGGGCCGUUGAUGCCUGAUGGCGCGCGCUGGCACGCAGCGCUGGAGAAAUCCUGCUCCAGAGCGUGCCAAUGCCCGCGCAGGGUGGAUCGAUGAGUUCUGCUGCACGUGAAUACAAGUAAUACGGUGGAGAAUGCAGGAAAUGGAGAAGGAGGAGGAUGAGGAACUUGAAUUUAGUCGAGGUGACGAUGUGCAACGAUCGAUCGAGCUGCUGGACAAGGUGCUCUCCGAGUACGACGAGCACGAAACGGAAGCGGAAGUCGGAGGUGGUGUCUUGGGGGUUGUCGGAGGACUCGGAGAGGUCGUCGGGGUCAUCAGGAGUGUCAAUGCUGGCGAUUGCGGUAGCAACACGGAGCCGAGUAUCGGUCUCACGCCCGACGACGAGAGCCCAUCCUUAGGACACCAGUCCGAAGACGACGGCUAUAUGAGUAUGAAUGGACGUAAAGCCAAAAUGGCUUUGGUAGCACUACGUCCAGUUCCGGAUUGUCCAGAGCCUCAGGAUCCAGUUGGAUUACCACCAUCGGAAUUUCCACCACCGCCCGAAGAAGCCGAACGUAUUAUUUCGACGCUCCUCCCCAUGGUUUCCCCGGGAAACUCAACGAAGAGGAGUACGCAGUCUUCAGGACGUAGAAGCGGACGGCAGCAAUGGAUGGCUGCAAUGGACGAUAAAGGCCAUGGACACGCAGUCACCACUCAGACUACCCUGCCCAAGACCAGACACCAGAGACCCUACGGAUGGGAAAAUGAAAAUGUCUCAAGAAAGAUCGAACCAUUUCGACUGUCCGAACCUCCAAGUCCGCCAAAUAAAUUUGCCAGUCUGCCCUACGAUGCCAAGGUGUCUUUCGACUGGAUACCACCAAGGACCAAUCCUGCCGCCGUGGAAAGGCACCGCGAGGUGCGUAGGAGAUCAUCCGAGGAGGAGGACAUGUUGCCGGAACGUAGGAGAAAUCAUCAUCAUCGUCACAAUCACCAGCAUCCAAACGAGGGUAGCACAAGAAGCGUGGGUGGUAGCGAUCGCGUUGUAAAUUCGCAAAAUUCACGAAAGCAGAGUCGUCAGAAUGAAAUAACGAAAUCCAGCAGCGUCGAGGAUCAUCGGCUUCUCGCGAAUCACGGCCGAACGACAGCGAGCGAUCGGGAAUCGAGACGCAGAAAUAAUUCGGACUCGAGCGAGGGACGAUUUUCACGAAAUUCGGAAUCGGAACGUUCAUCGAUACCGCGCUCGAGUUCCGUCAGUGUUGAGAGAUUUUCCAUGAGAGCGAAUUGCGAUAGUUCCGAUUUUUCCCGCGCUAACUCUACCUCCAAUGAGAGAUUUCAUUCGGACUUCUCCAUAGCCGUGGCCAGUGCAAGCUCGAACGAUCAUGUCUCGGUACCCACGUCCGAUCCAUUCUCCAUUAGAAACCUGGAUUUUUCCUUCUCGCUACCGCGAGCUGAUUCCGCUGAGAGAUUCUCAGGUAGAACUUCGGACCGCUGCUCCGAGGAACGGUACUCCGACAUGUUCUCCACGAGAAACUCGGACUUCUCUACGAGGAACUCGGCCGACUUUCGUACACAAUCCGAGGAGGAGGAACACUUUUCGGACGAUUCCUUGGAGGAACUCUUGCCACCGCCACCUCCGAUCAGUAAGAGACAUUCCAUAGCCUGGGAAGUCUCCCUCGAGGAUGAUCCUCUCUAUGCACCUGGUAGUACCAAAGUCGUUGGUAGAAGACGACGAAAGAGCAGUGAUAUAUCUAGUGUUGGUUCGGCAUCAAAAUUGCGAGAUUUCGAUGAUUGGCCUGAUCCACCAUUGUCAACGACAGAAGAUGAUCUCGUGUCCCCGUAUUCGGACUCGUCGACGAAUGAUCUCGAUCAGAUAAGGCCCCAGGAUCUUACCAAGAACGGUACGUACGUCAUACGACGUGGACGCAAACGAGAACGCAAAGUUCUGCCAAAGACGUCGACGAAGACGAAGAGUCUGUCCUUUGAAAAUUGCGAAGAUAAUCGACUGUCCGACGUUAAACGUUACUCCAGCACUUUUGACAAUAUCAAGAGUUUGCUUAAGGAAGGAAAGUUGGAAGGAUUGGACGAACCGCCGCCGGAUUUUCCUCCUCCUGUUCCACCGGAUCUCGUGAGGGGCGUAUCACUUCCAGUUAUUAAUGACGAGUUUGAAAAUCGAUCAGAACUCGACGUACCCGACGAGCAGCAGGAGUUAUCAUUAAAUAAAAAUUACUCGGAAAUUGGUAAAAAACGUAACUCGACUGAUCUGUCCCCAUUGCCAGCAUCGCCUCGGGAUAAUGACGAAGAUGAUAAUGAUCCGAAUCAUCAUGCGAAAAAUUGUUUAAAAGACUUCAAGAAGAAAGGAUCUUACUUCAGAGAGAAACGAGAGUGUAAUGGCCUCGCUGGUAUGACUACGUCCAAGAGUCUGGAUGGCAAAGUAGCUGGUAGUACACUGGUUACCGAGGAGGUAUUAAUAAGAUCGGCAAACGAUAGAUUGGACACUAAGAUCCCGGUAAAUAUAUUGAUAGAGGAUCAGAUAGUGAAGAAGGCACUGACUGAGAACCGGCGACAAUUGGAAAAAGUUAGCGACGCCAUUAAAGAGAUCGAAAGUGUGAAAAAUAGCGAAUCCUAUGACUGUAAAAGAUGGCGUAAUGGCGAGACGAAAUCGUCAUCAAAGAGGAACAGUUACGAAAAUGAUAACAAGGUAGUAGACAAUCUGUUCGACAAUCGUACCAAGAAGCAGCACAGUUCGGAUUCAGAGACGUCGAAAACGUCCUCCGAAGGCGAAUUUGAUCGAAGAAAGACGAAUAGUUCCGAUGUCUAUUCGUCUGGCAGGAGAUUGCGACAGAAUGGCAUUGAGAAUCAUAAAAAUGAUCAAAAGCAAAUUGAGAAUGUAAUCGACGCCAUAUUAGAGGACUCGAAAAAUCCCGAGUUUCAGGUGAGUGUAGAAGUGUUGGAAUUUCCACCGCUGCCGCCGUCGCCCGUAGAGGAAGCCGACGAGGAGAGUUCAGACGUGGGGAACAGUGCUGUUAUCUCUACAAAAAGUAAAAGUCAUUCGAACAGAACGAUGGAUUACAGGCCAAGGGUUCCUCCUCAUCGCAGCUCCACUGAGUCCAAAGAUCAUCAGUUGUCACUGAACACCAGAUCAAUGGACGCUGGCUUUGCCAGAGGACGACGCACUCCUGCUAGCAGUAACUCCAGGAGAGAGGUUCCUGUGGAAAGAAGAACCCUUCCAACAGAUUUGCCAGGACCAUCGAGACGUAGACCUUUUACGAAAAGACACUCGCCCUCUGCAGAAGCCUGCACCUCGAGCGGAAGUGCAGUGGGCGCUGCCGGCGCCGCUGGUUGUACCGGCAUCGCAACAGGAUCCGGUAUGCAGACGUCCUGCUCCUUGCCGGAAACUCCUGUUUUCGCUCGAGGAAGUGAUAUUCCACGCACUCCUCAACAUGCCGGUAAUCCUGGGCAAUCACGAAGGCAGCCUGGAUGGUACGCACCGACUACUGUGACAACUGGGUAUCGAAGAAACAAUCCGGGACUAGAACAGGCGAUUAUUGGAACGGAGUUACUGAGACUUGCCGGUGGACCAAAUCGCGGAUGGUACCCGACGAGGAAGGCAAAUCAGCCUAGACCGGCUUCCAUCGAGCAUCUGGAGCGUCUGAAUAAUGCAUAUGACGGACGACUUCCUGGUUCUGGAGAACAGCGAAAGCCAUUGACUUUGCCGACAAACAUCACGCCCAACAAAUACUUCGGCCAAAGUAAGCACAGCUCCGCGUCCAGCACUCGCGAGGCGCUACGGAGGGUCACUAGCUUGCUCAUCAAGAAAGGAAGUGGUAGCAAGGAGGGUAAAGGCAAAGAUACAGUUUUACCAUCAGGCCCCUACUCUGGCGAGACUGCCGACGCCCCGAAGAAGAAGGGAUUCUUCAAGAGCUUCUGGAAGAGGUCACGACACUACUCCUUGGAGAACCAAUAGCCCAGGUGCGCCAGGGUGACGAUCCGCCAACGACCGGAGAGCCAGGAUCUGCCGUUGUCUACCAGGACCCUUUCGAUAUCGAGCAAUCCCUGUUGUUGCAUAGUGCAGUGAUCAUCGUCUAGCGUGUACGCCGUUUUGUCAUCUUAAGAAAAAAGGAAAAAAAAGGGUCGCUUCGACUUCAGCAGUUACCGCCGGCAAGGUGCCAGUAGCCGUAAAGAAGAAGAAGCCGUUUCUAUAUUUUUAUCGUGGGUGUCAACCGAGAAAAGAAGAAGCGAAAAAUGAUUUUUAACGAGACAGUUAAAAAAAAACACGAUGUUUCGUAUGUAAUUUGUAUAACGUAUAUUCCAGAUAGGGAAUGUUUCUGGGAGAAAUAGGAAAAAAAUUAAUAAUCGAUGUUUGAAGCCCCACGGUGUUCUUGGUAAGUGUCGGUCACACCUCAAGUCGAGUGAUCUUCUUGUGCGAUCUUAUCAUGUACCUUUUUGUCUUUUGUAUUUUCGGAAAUGCUCGAAGGAGACACGAAGAAACUGGGUUAGGAAUGAUGUGAAUAAAAAUGAAACGAAACGACUGGAUGCGAAUGGACCUUCGGUCGUUGGCGAACUCUUGUCACCUUAAUGAGUCUAUUAAUUAAUUUAUUUACGAGAAUGAAUGUUUAAGCUAGUAAGAAAGAUAAGAGACGGAAACGAGUCAGAGAUACAGAAUUAAACUGGACUUCCGCGUUCCGCCAUAGAUUUAUUGCAAUGUGAUUCAAGAUGGUUCUUGCGUAUUGGAGAGUCGUGAAAAGUGAGCUUAGGAACAUGGCUAUAUAUAUAUAUAUAUAUAUAUAUAAUAUAUAUAAUUAAAAAUAUAUAUAUUAUGGGGUCAGCAAUCUCGUGUUUCAAUUCGACACAUGCGGAAACGAAUGUGCGUAUUCAUCGUCGCUGAUUCAAGACGCUGGCCUUUUAAUUAAAUGCAAUAAUUAUCGCAAUUACUGAAGACCAAGGAAACACGUUUCCUUUUCUUCGGCGUUUCGUUUUCUAUCUGUUGCCCUUUUUUCUCCGUUCUCAUUGUUCGUUCUCCACUCUUUUACUGCCCAAGAAGCGAAAGGGACUUUUGUCGCGCUCCUUCUCUUUUUAUCGGAUACCGUCUAAUGUGCAAUUGAAGAAAAAAGGGAUUAUUAUUCGAAGAGCACCAUUACACUUACCGCUAAUGCGAUUCACGGUGACACGAGAGAGAGAGAGAGAGAGAGAGAGAGAGAGAGAGAGAGAGAGAGAGUGCGUGCCUGCGUGCGGUUUGUGCAAAAAAAUGUGUGUGCGUACUUUAUAAGAGAUAAAGUUCGAGGAAUUAAGUAUGUGAGAAUAUGAAUAACACACGAUACUUAUUAAUGGAUAUAAUUUAAAGAUAAGGGAUUCAUAAGAUAACAAGAGGGCGAGAUGAGAAUAAAUGUGAACGAGCAUUAAUACACGUAACAUUAAAAGGUAUAGAAGAAAAGGAAACUGAUAAAAAAAAAACAAUGAUAAUAUUAAUGAUAACGAUUGGAUUUAAUAAUAUAUUAAUGAAGUUAUAGAUGAUAAUUAUAUAUAUACAUAUAUUAUAAUAUUAACGCGAUUAUUAUUGAUAUUAUAUAUAUAUAUAUAUAUAUAUAUAUAUAUUAUAUAUAUAUUUAAUUUUUAAAUUAUAAUAAAUUGAACGUAAAGAGCCGUGUAUAGCGCGUUAUUCCGUUACUUCAUUUGUGUUUUUUUGACAAAGCCGAAUCAAAAAUUUAAUAUUCUGACAGUCGAAGGUGAAAAAAAUAUUGGGAUAAUGAAAAAAAAAACAAAUAUUAUUUGAUUCCGAGUAUAUACUUCAAAGCCGUCGGAUUUACUUGUCUUCGGACCCGGAGCCGUAUUCAUCCUUUUGAAACUGGACGUUCGUGUUAGAGAAAGUGCACUCAUGAUUCUUUAAUUUCAUUUUUCGUCUUUACUGUUAUCACUUAGCACGAGGAACACGGGCAUUGUUACGCUACGGCGUGUUGUCAGUAAGUGACGUGAUGUAAUAUCGCGUAAGAGCGACUACGUCGCUUUGUCACGAAAGAAAUUAAGAGAGAUUUCGAAAGUGAAGACAAAAAGUUUGAGUGAUCGUGAAUAAGAAAAGCGAACAGGUAAGAUCGUUUUUGGGGGAAAAGAAAAUAUUUGACAAGUCGAUAAAUUUGUGGAUAAAAGUGUUUUCUACGCUCGAAAAGAAAUUUUAAUUAGCACAAUCAUUACCAGAAAUCCAGUCCCUUCCAAUUUUAUCCAAAAAUUAUAAAUACCCCAAAAACCAUAUUCUCGAUAACCAAUUGCGAUGGAUGAGGAGAACGAAUAAGAUCCAAGAGUUUGAAGUUGAAUUGAAAAAAAAAAGGAUCAAACAAAAGACAAAGCCUUUCAGAGAAUCACGAGAGAGAUAUCGAUAAGAUUAUAAUUUGAACUUUCAUGAUUUUUCUUUAUACAUAGCCGCUAAUCACCGAGACCACUUGCCUUAUGAUGAUUAAAAAGUAUAAAAAAGAAGUGUUUGGGGGGGGGGAAUGAUAAGUAUUGAAUUACGAUAAACGAUUUCACUUACCUGCGAGAAUGACGUACGUCUUUGAUACUUGUGAAUACUCGGCGAGUAUCGAUCUGCUACUUCACGAGUAUUCGUACUAUUCACGAUUAACUCCUGCACACAAUUAGCCACGCCGUCGGUGUAUCAACUAUAGGGUGGUCAAACAUGACGAAUUUGAAUGGAUACCAAAAAAAAAAAGAGAAAAAAAAAGUAAAAAUCGCCACAGUACGAAUACCGGUAUUAUCACUUGUAAACAGUGCGAAUAUGAAUUAUAUUGUACUAUUACGAUUACGUAAUACGUGUCAAGACGUAGCGUACACGAGGAAGGCACAGACACCCUAACUAUAUUACUAUAACUGUAUCACACGUGCUCGUCGUUCAUCGCCUAUGUAGACUAUCACGGUGUAAUACUUGCUGUAAGAUUAUAUAUUACGAUCUUCGAUA